UCUUAAACCCUGGAUUAAAACCCUAGAAACCAAUCAGCCAUUGAAGCGCAAACCCUAGAAUCGAUCAUGGAGAGGAUGCCCAGCCGAGCGCUAAGAUUGGCGCUUGCUGCGGUUAGGCGGCUGAGCACUGCGUCGUCGCUGGCUUCGGCACCGGCGGUGGUGAAGAAGGAUUUGAGGCCGCUUUACCGGAGGUUGUCGGCGCUGGGUGGCGCGCCGGACGGGAGCGUGGUGAAGGUGCUGAAUAAGUGGGUGCGGGAGGGGAAGACCGUCACUUCCCCCGAGCUCAUCAAGCAAGUUAAGGAACUACGCAAGUAUGGCAAAUACGGCAGCGCCCUUGAGGUGGUUGAUUGGAUGGUAAAGACUAAAGGAAUGAACUUGUCUAUUACAAAUCAUGCAAUAUAUUUAGAUCUCGUUUCAAAAGUCAAGGGUAUUGAGUCAGCAGAGUUGUACUUUUCCAGCCUUCCGGAGGCUGCUAAGAAGCAACAAACAUAUGGAGCUCUCCUUAACUGCUAUUGCAAUGAAAAGCUGCCAGAGAAGGCUAUUCCCCUCUAUGAAAAGAUGAAGAAACUCGGUUUAGCUUCAAACAACCUGGUUCAAAAUAAUAUGAUGGCCUUUUAUAUGAAACUAGGACAGCCUGAGAAAGCCCAAAGACAAUUUGAGGAGAUGAAAUCAGAGAAUAUUGCGCCUGAUAACUUCUCGUACUGUAUCCUGAUGAAUAGCUAUGCCUCCAAGGGCGACAUUGAUUCUGUUGAAGAAGUUGCGCAGGAUAUGGAAGAGGCAUCUGAUAUCACUUUAACUUGGUCUGCAUACAGCACCCUGGCAGGCAUAUACAAUGCUGCUGGUCUUUUUGAGAAAGCAGAGGCGGCCCUCAAAAAACUCGAGCAACUCAUCGACAGCUGUGACAGGGAACCGUACCAUUUUUUAAUGACUUUAUAUGCAAGCACUGGCAACCUAGCGGAGGUCAAUAGGGUGUGGAACACUUUGAAGACUACCUUUCCAAAGCUCACCAACAUGAGCUAUCUUAUCAUUCUUCAGGCAUUAAAUAAACUCGAUGAUCUUGAUGGCAUGGAACGGUGCUUUAAGGAAUGGGAAUCUGUUCAUGUGGCCUAUGAUGUAAGAUUGAUGAAUCUGAUGAUAGCGGCCUACCUUAGGAAAGAUAUGAUCAAAGAUGCUGAAUCACUUGAGGUAGGAGCUUCAUUGAGAGUUUCCCAAUUUGAUUUCAAGACGGCUGAGUUAUUCAUAGAUUACCAUUUGAAGAAACAGGAGAUGGGGCCUGCUCUGAAGUGGUUGAAGGAAGCGAGUUCACAUGUGAAGCCAGACAAAUGGAAGUUAAAUGGAGACCAUGUGAAAAUGUUCCUGAAAAAUUACGAGGAAGCAAAGGAUGUAAAGGGGGCAGAAGAGUUUUGUGCUAUUUUGAAGCAGUUCAAACGUUUGGAUUCGAGAGCAUAUGAUGCGCUGAUUCGAACGUAUGCAGCAGCUGGUAAGAAAGAGCCUUCACUUCAGCAACGAAUAAAGGAGGAUCAAAUCAUAUUGAGCUCGAAAACAAAGAAAAUGCUGGAUAGGAUCUCUAAGGCUUAGUUUAUCAAAAUUGAUGAAGUUAUCAGUCAACUCUGAUAUCAGGCUAUGGUUAUAAUUGAGGCAAUAGACAUUGCAAGCAAUAACAAGUUUGAAUUCAAUUAAGAACAUGCUUCUGACACUGCCUGUUAUGAAAAGAACUUUGUGACAACACUGUUGGCUGGUUUUUGUGACAAGUAAGGGGUUGAAAUUGAAAUUACUCUCAAAAGAGGCAAGGUAAAUUUGUUUAGUUAAUUUUUUUAUGAGAUAUUUCUGGUUCAGACUGUCAACUUUAUUCUGGAAUUGCUUUUUGGAUGAUCAAAACUUAGAAGCACAUCAGCAUGCUCUCAAUCUUGUCCGUUAGAGCAUAACCACGUGAGAUUCAGGUGACUGUGAUGCUGAAACUGAAACUGAAAGCUAAUAUGGGCAUGUGAUAUCCACGUGACCCUGGUCCCUCCCUGUUCACAGACCCCACUUUCAGGUACAUGGAAUUUGAUUCCUCAUUGACAAUUAAGUUCCAGAUUUUCUGUGAAAUUGUCAACUUUUCUUUCAGAAUUUUUAAUUUAAAAAUUGUUAUGAGAAGGUUAAGACACUAUAGUCUUCUACUA